AUGCAGAAGCGGACGUUCACGCGCUACAUCAACUCGAAGCUCAAGGCGCGGAACCUCGUCGUCGGCGACCUCUACGAGGACCUCAAGGACGGGCGCGUGCUCUACAACUUCCUGGAGGUGCUCACGGGCGCGUCGCUGAAGAAGUACGGCAAGUUGAACAGCGGGAAGAUGCGCAUCCAGCACGUCGCGAACAUGAACGUCGUCUUCAAGUUCUUCCCCGACGCGGACGUGAAGCUCGAGAACAUCGGCGUCAUGGACGUCGUCGACGGCACGCCGACGCCGACGCUCGGCCUCAUCUGGUCGAUCAUCGCGUUCUACCUCAUCCGGGACCUCGGCGGCGCGGACGACGACCUGGGCGCCGUGAAGAAGAAGGUACUCAAGUGGGCGAAGAAGAAGGCGAAGACGCACGUGGCCGUGUCCGAUCUGACGCGGUCCUUCGCGGACGGCAAGGCGUUCCUCGCGAUACUCAACGACACGGACGCGGCGGGGUCGCCCUACGACCCCGCGGACGACGCCCGCGCCAACUUCCGCCGGGCCUUCGGGGACGCCGAGGACAAGUACGGCCUGCCGCAGAUGCUCGACCCGGACGACGCGAGCCUCUGGGAGGACGAGAUCUCGAUGCUUACCUAUUUGGCGUCGAUGAUGGACGCGCUCCCGGACAGC